AUGAGAGGAGGAAAUGAUGAGAUGAGUCCCAUGUUUCCUAGGCUUCAUGUGAAUGACACAAAUAAAGGACCAAAGGCACCUUCUCGGAAUAAGAUGGCUCUCUAUGAGCAGCUUAAUGUCCCUUCCCAAAGGUUCAACUCAGGAUCACUAUCAAUGUUGCCUCUUCCACCAAAUAAUAAUAACAAUAGCUUGGUUCCUUUAAUAUCAUCAAACCAUAUAUUUUCGUCAAGGAAGCUCGGAUUCAAUGAUUACCUUAUGGUUCCUGCUACCGCUGUGUCUGGAAUAGAUCAAAAUUGCAGUUGCAGUCAGCAAAGCAAAGGACGGGGAAGUUUUUCUAAAUUGAACUUGAGCUCUUUAAUGCAACUUCAUAUUGUUGAUGAAAAGACGAUGAAGGGAAGUGAUUCCGUUGAUUCAGAUUCUAGAAGCUCCAUAGAUAUAUUGAACAGUGAAGAUGGUCUGGAUGCUCGGUUGCAUAACGUGUAUAUGGAUGCACAAAACGAUUUGAUAUUUAGGGAAAAUAUUUUGGUAGAAGCUGGCAAAUGCCUGGAAAGUGCUUCCAAGGUGGGAAGCGAUUCAUGCUUGAGAGAAUCACCUGAAGUUGAUAAUGGAAGCUCAAAUGUGCUUGAAAAUAGAAGUCAGACCCCUGGAGAAAAGAAAUGUGGGGUUAUUAGCAGACAUAAAAAUGCCCGAGGUGCUUCCAUGGUGGAGUCCAUAUCUCCUUUUGAUAUAAGCCCUGAUGAUAUUGUGGGAAUAAUAGGCGAAAAGAAUUUCUGGAAAGUAAGAAGAGCUAUUGACAACCAACAAGGAGUCUUUACCAUGCAAGUCUUCGAAUUGCAUCGGCUCAUAAAGAUAAGCGGGUUGAUUGCUGGAUCACCACAUAUGUUGCUUGAAGAUACCUUACACAUGGCUAAACCAUCUUUAGAUGUGUCUUCCAUCAAGAAGUCACCAUCUAACUAUGUUCCUAAACAGCCAUUCUUCCUUAAAAAUAGUUCUCAAAAAACAAACAUUAGCAUCAAACGUGGCAAUGACGAUGCAGUUGCAAAUCUUACUCUUCCUUCUGCCAUUGAUGAUACCAACCAAAGAGUAGUUCCACGUCAACCCAAAAUACAUGCCUUAUUCAGGAAAUCUAUUGUCAACUCUGAUGGCGACAAAUACUUGGACAUCUCCUUGUUUCUCUCCAACUGGAAGUCAAUGCAUGAUAAUGCUUAUCGCAGGCUAAUUUGUAAAGUUGCAGCCACUUUGCAAUCAAUUUCAAAUCCACGAUUCCAUAAGGUUGGAAGACAAUUUGAAUAG